CAAUUACGCAAAGAUCGCGAAAAUUUGGAGUAGGAAAAAUAAAAUUAUCCAAAUCACAUUGGCAGAUUUUUGUUCUGUCUAAUUUUAUCAAUUUUGAGUAUUUUUGUUUUUUUUUUAACAGCAACUAAAUUUUGUAUUUCAAACAAAUUAUGGAAUUUUGUAAAAAAAACAUAAAGUAGAAUGGAGUACUAUUAAAUAAUGAUCCAUAAUUAGGAUAUAUGUACACAUUUUUCACACCUUUAUCAAUUUAACGUACGAAUAAUUUGCAAAAUGCUACCAGCAACAAUAUUCAGGCAGGUGCAAUGCACCCGCAAUGGCCUAAGUAAAAACCUUACAGAUUUAGUAAUAGGUUUAAGUACAGCUGGGCCGCCAGCAAAUGGUGUUAACUGUUUAAAUCGAUAUGCCGCAGCGACAGGAUUUAUACGCAUUUCCUUUCUUGACUUCAACCAACAUCGGAACUGGGAUAUUGCGAGACUUCGUCAGUAUGCCGAUUCAAAAAAAAAGUCUCUGCAUUUGCGAACGUUACAAGGCCGUCAUCUACUUCAAGAUGUAAUAGAAAAAAAACGAGAAAUUUUUAUAGAGCGUAAAAAUGUGUUCGUGGAAGAUAUUCACAAAGUACAGGAGCGAGUACGGGAAAGAAUGGAGGAGGUUAUUGAACGUGAAAAUGUGCUAACCAUACCAAAUAUGUUAACAGUGGGGAGAGCAAUUUUGUCACCUUACAUUGGAUACGUUAUAGUGCAACAGGAUUAUAGACUAGCAAUGGGCUUACUUUUAGUAGCGGGCAUAACAGAUUUGUUAGAUGGUCAAAUAGCGAGAAGGUGGCCCAAUCAAGCAAGUAAAGCAGGUUCGUUCCUAGAUCCAAUGGCAGAUAAACUACUUAUUGGAUCGUUAGUUAUUUCAAUGGGACUUGGAAAGUUAUUACCUUGGUGGUUAGCAGGCACUGUUCUAUUUCGAGAUGUCUUCUUACUUGCAGCUGGUUUUGUCAUACGCUACAUUAGCUUACCACCACCGAAAACAUUUACUCGUUAUUUUGAUGCGACAUAUGUGACAGCGCAAUUAGAGCCUACACUUAUUAGCAAAAUCAAUACUGGUGUACAAUUAGCGACAAUUGGUAUAAGCUUGGGAGCUCCUAUAUGGAACUACAUCGACCACCCCGCGUUGCUUGGACUAUGGUAUGUAACUGGAGCAACUACUGUAGCAGCAGCUUUGAGCUACAUUUUAAACAAAAAUACUUUCAAAAUACUCAGAAAAGAAACAAAGAACACAUAGUACGCCAUAAGCUAUAAGUGGAAAUUAUUAUGGCCAACUCAAAACUUUAAUAUAAACCUUUGUUAGCUGCCUAGGCUACAGCGCCUUAUAAAUUUAGCAAAAUACUAUAUAAUAAGGGUUUGAAAUUUGGUAAAUUGGUAAGCUUUCACUUCCAUAAGAAAAAUAUUUUAUAUUCAUUUAUACUAUAUUAUUCAAUUCAAGGACUUGAAUACCAAUUUUAUGUGGUAAUUAUUUUAUAAAGUUAUUUAAGAAAAAUUGAGCUUUUUAAAUUGUAAACUAAUUCAUGUAUAUAUGUACAUAUAAACCUAUAAUUAAAAUGUUUAAUUAAAAAAGUGUUGAAUUGUGUUUAGUAAA